CAGAGGCAAGAUGGCGGCGCCCAGUAACGCAGAUCAGUCUCCCGAAGUAACGAUACCAUUAAAGAUCCCCAAAACUGAAGUUCCAUCUCCAGAAUCGGAGGACUUGAGUGACGGCAAUCAAUACCAUUCCAACCCCUCCACGCCCAACAGAUUUUCCCCUCUCAAUGUUGGCAGCACGAUUUCGGGGGGUGCAGGCCGGAGUGGAUCGGCCUCUGCCUCAAACAGCUUCACCGCCUGCCGGGGUAUGUCCUGGACCCCUUCGGAAACAAAUGCCCUCAUCGCUGUAUGGGGAAAUGAACGGUUAACGGAGGCACGGAUGCAACAGCUUGAAGUUGCAGGGACUGUUUUCUCUGGCAAAGCACCAGGACCAGCAAUGUACGAACGGGUAUCAAGAGCUCUGUCAGAGCUCGGCUACGAAAGGACUCCCUCGCAAUGUAGAGAGAGGAUGAAGACGCUGCGUCGCUGCUACAGCCGCGUGAAGGAGCACGGCAUUGGGAAGAGGAAGAGCAGCUACUCCAUCGAGCAGCUGGAGAAAGUGUUCGGUCAGGGUGGCUGGGACUCCCAGACGUGCCAGCCGGUGCUGAUCAACAGCAGCGGCCUGUACCAGGAGAUGGAGUCGGACGGCAGCACCAUGGAGGACUACUCUCAGGAAGACUGGUGCAACCAGGAGCAGGAGCUGUCCUCGGCUUUCCAGGAGGGAGAGGUGGAGGCAGAGGAAGUCCCAGUGCCAAAGCCCAGAGUGUUACAGCCACGGCCAGAGCCUACGGUACAGAUGCAGCGUCAGGAGGUGAUGCAGAACGUGGUGCGCAUCCUGGAGUCGGUGGACAUCAAGUGGGAGCACUUCCAGACGUGGACGGACUUCUCGCGGCUGCACCUGUCCAACAAGCUGGCCAUCUUCGGCGUGGGCUACAACACGCGCUGGCGCGAGGACAUCCGCUACCACUACGCCGAGAUCAGCUCGCAGGUGCCCCUGGGCAAACGCCUGCGCGAGUACUUCAACCCCGAGAAGGCCGAGGGCCGCGUCAUCAUGACCAAGGUGCAGAAGAUGAACUGGAAGAACGUCUACUACAAGUUCCUGGACAUCACCAUCAGCGAGGCUCGUUGCCUGGAGCUGCACAUGGAGGUGGACUGGAUCCCCAUUGCACAGUCCAGGGCGGCCGGCUGCAGCAACGGCUCCCAGUACCUACUGCCCGGGGGCAUCCCGAAAACCUACGGACUCUACGCCAUCGGCUACGAGGAGGUUGUCGGCCCGCUGGCGUCUUCUUGCGUGGGAGACGGCGGCGAUGGCAUGUCCCUGUCUCAGGAGAGCGGAGGGGCCACGGACGAGAUGAGUCAGUCUCAGGCGGAGGAGCCCGAGGAAAGGACCGAGUCCAAAAUCACGUACUGCUACCUCGGCAUUGCGGAGGAGAAGACCCUCCAGCAGUGCCUCUAUCAGCACUUUCAGACUGCCGGGAAGCACCACAGCAGGGCAGAGCCCUCUGCCAUCAACCGCUUCCUACAGGCCAACUCCGGCGGCAGCACCUCCAAGCCAGAGGGGGCGCCGAGCUCCGGUAUCUACAUCAAAUUCAUUGAGGUGGAGCUGGACUUUCUCUCUGCAGGCUCUUUGGUGGAAUGUUUAGAGAUAGCUGUUGGCUACCGCUUAAAGUAUAACAAAAAGGAGACAUUGUAACUUAAGAAACACAUUCUACGGAACACAUGAACGUUGUGUUUAAAGAGUGCCAUCUGGCCACUGAGUGUUUUUUUCCCCCCCUCAUAAUGCAGAAUAUGAGAAUGAACACACACAAAUAUUCAACAAUUAAACGUCUAGUAACGGUUUAUUGUUCAAUGUUUGUGCUUGUUUUUGUGUGACAUGCAUUUGUAAAAAAGCUUACAAAAGAAAAACACCCAGUGCUCAGAAAUGCCUUUAUACAUAUAUUUCAUUGGACCUAAAACUUUUGUGCAGUACUGUAGGUAUAUUUUUUUCAACUGACUCAAGGAUGUACUUGACAAGGGCAAGAAGUAUGAAAUGUAAUUUCGACAGAGCUGGUGUCCUCUCUCUUUCCUUGUAUAUUUGUUUUAUUUUUGUUUAUUUAUUAUUUUCUUUUGUUGUCAUUUGUUUUUGUUCAUUUUAAUUGUGGCCUAUGCUGAUCGAAACACUUUGCCUUUUUUCUGUUAGUGUGGCUAGAGGGAAACACAGUUUGCCUUUGUUUUCUUUUCAUUUAAGACAGAGAGAAACACCUAUUCACCACUGAGGACAUGGAGAGAGUAUAAAUUAAUAUACAUUAAAUAUAAAAAGGAAUUCUAUUGAAUAUAUAUUUAAGACUAUAUAUUAAUGUUGUUCAGUGUAAGCAUUCCAGCAUUUCCAAAACAUGACAUACAUUUUUUACAUUUGCGUUGUCAUGAAAUGAAUAAUGAAUCAUGAAGUGUGUGUGUGUGAGUGAGAGAGAAUGUGAACCCAAGAGUGUUUGUUUGUUGGGUGUGUGUAUGGUAUAUACACAAAAAACUGUUUUUGAUAAUUGUUAACAGACAGUGUCUUUGUGUAUUGUUCCCAGGUCACAGUCCUGUAUGUUUACAUUUUUCUUUGGGGAGGGGUUGGGGGUUGCUGGCGGUCCAUAAAUGGGACAGUGAAAGUUUAUCUGACAUGAUGACACGGGUUAUUUUUGCCCUUGAUAUAAGUAUUCUGAACGGGUACAACGAACUUGUCAGUA